ACAGUUCUCGAUUUAGUUGGUACAUUAAAGCAAGUUAAAUCUUUGGAUGACAUUCAGAUGAUUGCAAAUGAAACUGCUCGAUGGUUCCUUUUAGGAAGGGUUUGUUCAUCUUUGGAACGUUUGAAAGAUGGUUUAAAUGUUCUUGAUGUGCUUGGAGCAGUUUUUGAGAAUCCUGAUAUAUUUCGCCCUGUAUUUUGUUAUGUUUCUCAACCAUUGACAGUUGAUCUUCUCUCUUCUCUGUUUACAAAUACUACUCGGGGUGAAUUGGGAUCAAAUGCCCAUGCCAAAGAGUCUUUAAUACUUUUCUUCUGGAAUGACUACCUCCAGGAUGUCGAGGAACAUACUGUUGAU